CGAUAGUGCCGCGUGCUGCCAGUGUGUUUGUUAUCUCCUCCAUCCGGCUUCGCGCGUGCUGUCACUCUCUCUCUCUCUCCCGCCGGCUGCGGAGGAAUUCGUCCCCGCAAUCAGCAGGAGGAGGUGUGGAGGGGAGAGGGGGGAUCAAGUCCGCGCGGCGCAGGGACCCCCGUUCCCCCGGCGGCCGUCGGCGCUGUCGGCGCGUCGUCUUCGGGGUCGGAGGAGCGAGCACGGAGCCGCGCUGGGCUGCAUCCUGGCCGUCGGCGGCGCUCGCGGCCCCAGGGCACACGACGAGGUCCGGCUGCUCGGGGAUGGACGGCGAGGACAGCCCGGCCGCGCAGGAGUGGCGGUGGCUGGCCAUCGAGGAGCAGCAGAGCUACAUGGAGCUGCUGCAGGCCCGCCGGACGGACGCGGUGUCGAGCAGCCAGCUGCUGCGCCUGGUGGGGUUCGCCAUGUUCGGCCCGCCGGCGCAGCUGCCCGACGCCGCCAACGAGCACACGGGCUACGACCGCGCGCAGCUCAGGACGGCGCGCAAGGCGUGCGCGGCGAUCCUGCGGCGCGGCCGGAGGGGCGCGCCCGGGGACGAGGAGGACCCCAAGGAGGUGCGCCUCAGGUUCCUGUUCGUGGUGACGCGCGCGUCGCGGGUGACGGCCACCUACCCGGUGUUCCACCUGCCGGACGGCGCCGGGGGGUUCGUGGACUGGGACGCGAGGGUGUACUCCUCCUGGGAGCAGUUCCUGCGGCGCAACAAGCUGCCGAGCUGCCGCAUGUGCUACCCGGAGGGCGGGGCCUACACGGCGGGAGAGCACGGAGCCGUGCGCGUGGCGUUCCGCCGGUCGCCGGCCUCGGGCAACUCGCGCGCGCUGCUCUCGGCCGUGAGCCUCGCCGUGUCGCUGGCCUCGGCGGCGGUCAGCAUCGCGUCGCUGCUGACGCCCCUGCCGCCGCACCUGCUGGUGGCGGCGGCGGUGGGGGCGGUGGCGGCGGGCACGUACGGCGUCGUGAGCAGCGCGGAGAGCCUGGGCGACCGCCGCCGGCACGGCCAGACGCUGAGCCUGCGCAGCGGGGAGGCGCGCCGCUGCUGGCUGGCGCUGGUGGCGGGCACGGCCGGCCUCGCCGUCAGCGGCACGGGGGCGCUGGCGGCGCGCGCGGGGCUGGCAGCGCUCAAGGCCACGGCGGCCACCGCGCACGGGCUCUCCCUCGCCAACCGCGCCGUCGACCUCAUGAAGAAGAUGUGGUCCGGCCAGGCGCUCACCGCCCUCGACGCCUUCCAAAUAGCCUCCUUCUUGCUUUUCUUCACGGGUGCGACGCUGAGCAGCGCGCAGGCUGCGGCGAGGCUGCGCUCGGGCCGGCCGCCGCCCGACGACCAGACCAGACCUCCGCCCCAGGGGUCGCCGGAGCCGCCGGGGUCGCUGCACGAGGCACCGGGUGAGCCGCGCGCCGACGGCUACAUGCGCGUCGACAAGCAGCGGCUCCGGGACGACCCCGGCGAGGCGGGCCCUGUGCUGCGGCUGCUGCAGGACCAGGGGCAGGACGUUAGCAGCGCCGCCGACGAGGACGAAGACAUGAACACCUUCUGGAGGAGGAUAGGCAUGGUCAUGGUCGUGUCGUCGCUCAUCACCGUCAUCGUGGUCGCGAGGACGCUGCUCGCCCUGUGACGUUCCUCUUCGUUCAUCCCUCAUCGUUAAGAGACCGGGAAAAAUUUCGCGGAUUCAUUUCACGAUAUGCUAGAAUCCAAACGACUGUACAUUUAUAUUGCUUCUGUGAUUGGCUUACAGUUUAUCUGAAGGACUUUGAGCCGAUGGAAAACCUUCAACCAAAAAAAAGUAUCGAAUCGCAAGCGUCCCAGUCGACGGGUGUCACGAGUCAAUAGCCAAUGAGCAGAUGGCAUUUGUCUGAGUAUGUAGGGGUUGUGGAGUCUAUCCUAGAGGUCAUCGAAAGCGCGAAUUUUUCCGGUCUCUACUCAUCGUAGCCAUUCUAACAAUGUACUUAUUCAAGAUUAAAAGUAUUCCAUGUUUCA